UAAUCUCUACUCUCAACCUCUUACACAUAUGUAAUCUAACGAAAUUCUUCCAGUCUAAUCAAAUUUUCUAUAAACUCAUAGCCUGUUACCUUAAAUAUAGCACAUCGAAUUGCCUUUUGAAGAUGUCCACGAUCAACUCUAACUAAUCGAGAGUGUAGAAACAUUCAAUUUUAAUGAAAUGGAUGCUGAGGAUGAUUAUUAUAAUCCAAUUUAAAAAUUACCCUUGAAGAAGCCCAGAAAGCGAAGAAGAAGACAAGCAUUUCACGAUAAGAGAAGAAAAAGAUCCAGCUAAAAGAAAUCUAAUAGGAAACCUCAACCGAUUCCAUUUAAUUAUUAAGAGGAUAGACAGAUUCUUCUCUAAGUCUUAGAAGUGGGGCCCAAAUUCUAUAAAAUCGCCAAAGGCUUUCAAGGGAGAACUUUGAGCAUGGUCAAGAACAGAUAUUACAAGACUUUGCGCUUCAAAUGGGAUGUCAUCUUGGGACAGGAAUAUGGAUAUAUGAACGCCUCUGUGAACGACAUCUAAAAUUAACAAGGUCUUGAAUAUUUAGAAGAAGAUUAUGAUCAUAAUAUCUAUUCAUAAUUUUUAUUUUGA